AUGGGUCGAGGACCCCCGGUUGGGAUACCUCAUGAAAAGACAGAGGUCAAGGAAGAGGCCAACGACGACGAUGACGAUAAACCCAAGAAGGUGUAUGGCAAGGAAAAGGCACCCAAGAAGGAGAAGAAGAAGGACGUUCCAGAGACAGAAACGGACAUCAACACAAGACUCAACGCUCUUCUCUUUGACACGUCCGAAGAGUCGAUCGACCUGUACCGUCUGGAGAACAACCUGCUGGACUACCUCGGGCGACUCUACUUUGAUGAUUAUGACUCUGACGCUUCCAUACGGAGUCCUCUGCCUUUGGCACCAUCCACCUCAGAUCGCCAAAAUGCAUUUUUGACCGUGCAGAGCGCUGCCCAGCGGCUACGGUCGCCUUCACCUUCCAAAAGACCGGCUUUCCUGCGUCAAAGCUCGUUUGAAAGAGGCGUUUCCUUCGAUACCCUAGAAGACAAGCAUCACAAGGCUAUAACGUUGAAGUUACGACAUCCCCAGUUUCGUUUUCGGCGAAACAACAAAACGUACCUUGUGGGUUUCAACAACGAUGCAGAGUCGCUUAGGGCCAUUGAGUGGGCCCUUCAGGAAAUGGUCAUAAACGGUGACACUGUCAUUGUUCUACAGGUACUAGAUGAAAAAGUGUACAAGCAAGUGGACUCGGACUUAGGUGAGCAGGUGCUUGCCAAGAUCGAAAAGCUCAAUACUCACAACAAAAAGAUUUCCCUAGUGUACGAGGCCGUCAUCGGAAAGCCCCAGAAGCUUCUACGUGGUGCCAUUGAUGAGUACAAACCUGCCAUGAUGAUAGUAGGAACGCACAACUACGAACGAGCCCAGCUCAAGCACCUGAAUCUGUCACAAAACAUCAUCGAUCUGUCUCACCCGACCCACAGCCCUCAGCCUCAUAAACACAGAGGCUUCUUGCUGAAGGCGUCUACAUCGAAGUACUUCCUUCAAUUUGCAUUGGUGCCUUGUAUUGUGGUGAAGCCGAUAUAUCAUUAUACGGAGCAGCUCGAAAAGCCCAUCGAGGGUGAAAGGUAUUUCCACGACUGGCUUGCGAACAUCGACAUUUCUCAUACGCGAGAGGAAAAGAAGAAGAAGAGCCGUUUUGCCAUGCUUUCACCCCUGCUGUCUCGAAACAGUUCUCUGACGAAUCUAGCCGACAUGAACAAAGACAGGUCGCGGAAUUUGGAUGCAACGUUCAGUUUCGGCAGCAGAGAUCCCUCUCCAGCGGGCGAUCUGGACCACAAAAGCCGGCUUUCACGUUUUUUCCAUCAUUAG